AUCAACUGCCUUUGGCGGGAAGAAGAUGGCGGCGGUGGCGCCGAAGGAGGAGGAGGAGAAGGCGAAAGAAAGCCGCGCUCCGGCCGUGGCCCCUCAGGGUAAAGUCGGCCGCGAGCAGACCCUGGACCUUGUGGUCAGGCAGUUCCUGCAGGCGCUGGACGCCGACGGAUGUCACCUUUUCACCAAGUGCUACAACCACCUCUACAAAGCCCAUCCUGAAUUCACAAAAUGUGUUUAUAAUCAGUUCAUAUCCCAUCUGCAAAAUUCUGUACAGGAAGAGGUUCAGGCCCUCAAGGAGGAAGGGAACCUGCCGGUGCUGCUCGACUCCCUGGAUAAGCUUGAGAGAGCAGCGGAGGGCAAGGAAGGCCCUGCAUGGCGCCCGAGUGGCCUCCCCGAGGAAGAUGCUCGCAGGGUGGUCGUGCCCUACCUUCUCAAGCAGCGCAGACGCCUCCAAAAAUCCCUGAAGGAAAAGCAGGAAAGCAACUCGCGGCUGGCAGCCGCUGUGGUGGCCGGUCGGCAGAGGAUUGCAGCGCUGCAGGCGCAGGUCCACCAGCAGAGGGAGGAGUGGCAGGGAAUUGCUAUCGAGGGCCGGACGAUGAUGGGAACCGUUGAGGAUCUCUCCUGAGAAGGCCCGGCCUGGCUGCUUUUUGUGGACGAGGAUGCGAGGGAGACUUCGGAGAGCCACACAGGGAUCGUGUGGAUUUUCUGCCAGAUUUCCAAAGCAGCCAGUUUGUGGAAGAGGGCCACUCCCUCUCAGCUUGACUGGGGUGGGAAGCUGGGGAUGGGGUGCAUGUGAUUGUGUCCUUAUCGAAAUAUUACAGCUCCUGCUUUGUAUUUAUUUCACUCAGAAUGUUAAUUCUGCAAGCUCUCUUGUUUGACAGCUGUGAACUUGUACAAAUACAGCUGUGGGACAGCCAAAUAAUACAA